CCCAAACAACCGCCUGCCUUCCCCAAGUCCGGGUCCCCGAGAUUGUCGAACAGAGCGGCGGCGCGGCGGCGGCGUGGUGGGAGAAGAGCCAGCGAGCGCGAGGUACAGGUUCGCCGAGGGAGAGGGGAAGAGGAGCUCCGGGCAAGAUGCCGCUGUACGACUGCAUGCUCAUGGUGAAGCCGCUGGUGACCAAGGAGGCCAUCGCGGAGCUCGUGGCGCGGGUGGCGGCGCGCGCCUACCAGCGCAACGGCGUCGUCACCGAGCUCAAAUCCUUCGGCAAAGUGCACCUCGGCUACGGCAUCAGGAAGCUCGACGGCCGCCACUUCCAGGGUCAACUUUUGCAAAUGACUAUGAUGGUUCCACCUUCCUUUACUCAAGAACUGCACUAUCUAAACAAGGAGGACCGUCUGCUUCGCUGGUUGGUGGUGAAGCACAGAGAUGCGGUGUAUGGUCUGGAGUUCAUCAACGAGGAUGACGGGAGGUACGAGAUGGACAGUUUCCGGCGUAAAAGUACUACUACUCAAGAUGACGAGGAUGUUGAUGAAUAUGACGACGACGACGAUGACGAGUACGAUGUCGAGGAAGAGUAGAUUGGUGUCUCAAGAUCUCUCACAAACUCUAUGUGUUGUCUUCCCAAUAUUGUUGACUAUAAAGUAGAGCAAAAAUUAGAACCAUUGGACUUUGCUGUUUUUCGAAAGAACCUAGCGCACUUGAAAUCUGACUUUGCAUGUUUUAACCAUGUAAGCUCCCAAUAAGGAACCCAUGAUCUAAUUGGUACAUUAUCAUCACUAGGUUUAUGAUGUGGUACUUA